AUGGCCCCGGUAUCUUCUGGCUCUGGCCAGAACACUCGUGGCCUACGUAGUAGUCGCCGCUUCUUAGGGCAACACGGUUCACGCAGCAGUCCACGGUUCUCGGGACAAGAGCCUAUGCUAGGCAUACCGAUGACUUCAAGAGCAUCAAGAAGGUCAAGGAACCAGACUCCUUCGCCUUCAGAGUCAGCCGCAAAGCUAUUCACUCAAGCACCAAUUGACUCAAACUCUGCUCCGACGCCUUAUAGACGACGCUCAACACAAAAUGUUUCGGCAAGGAAAACCGUUUCAUCUACGACGUCCAUGCCGCCCCAAUCACCAUCCAAGACAAAGAGAACAAUGGCAAGGGCCAACAGUUAUCCAUCUCUACGGCAACUCCCGCUCUCUAGACUGUCCGAUAUUGCCGAAGAUGAGCCAAUAAGUGAUUCUAUGGACAGCGCUAAACCUACCAUUGGUGAUAUGGCCCUGCAAGGUCGUGUUGAGUCUCCUGUGAGACACAAUCACAGCAAGGAACGGCGUAACACCAGCGAUGCAGACGAUGACAUGACUGAAACGAGUAAUGAGAUCCUUUCUUCCAUCGAAACCGGGGAUCCAUCGAACAGCCCGGUUUUUGGCCCGAAAGCAGUCAUCGAAGCACCAGCAGAAUCUUCCCGGCGGCACCUUUACAAGCCUCCCGCCUUUCUGGACAAAGCUCUGCAUUCGGCAAAGUCUGGGCAGCGCACCCUGACCCCUAUGGACAAAAUUGUCCGCCGGAAACUUCGCCGGGAACCUCGCAGCCACGCGCGGAGGAAAGAAAAGUCACAUCAUGCUUCUGGUACGGGCAGGUCCGCGGGACAUCGUGCCGCCACUACUCCGAGCUCGAAUGUGGCGACCUCCUACGAGCAUACUGACGUGCCCAACCCGCCUGCACAACCUGCAUUAACUCCGUCGUCCUGCCAAUCAAUGCUGGUCCCAACUCCUCGUAGCAGGUCACCUACCCCAGGACCAAGCCGUGUUAAGCCCAACAAACGACAACGCACGGACUACGAGUCUGAAAGCAUAGAAGAGCCUCCCACCUACAAGGGGAAAGGUAAGGCGGCCUUAUCACAGAACACGGAUGAGUACAAGGCUGCACUUUACACAGUGAGGUGUAAAGUGGCGGAACAAGAGAGCACUAUUGCCAACCAAAAGUAUAUCAUCACCAGCAAGAGUGAUCUCCUGGCAGUUACAGAAGAAGCUCGCAUCCGUGAGCGUACGGAGCAUGAGCGCUAUCAAAACAACACGCAAAAUCUGGUUCAAUUCCUCGAAUCGCAGCUGGCUUCAGCCACUUCACAGCUUACCACCAAUUUCGCUCACUAUCAGGAACAGCUGAAGGUCCACCAGGACCAGCUACAGACCUGCCAAGUUGAGAUCACCCGUGGGACGUUGGAAAGCGCAUCGAUGCAAGAAAAUCACCAGCAACAGAUGAAGCAGGCAGACAAGAUGUACCAGGACUUAUUGAAGCAGCUGGAGGUCGAGACUUCUUUGAGGGCCAGAGCAGUGGAGGCAAUGAACAGGCAGGCGGAUGCCCAAGUUAUGGAGAGGAAUGUCUCGCAGUAUUCCAUGGCACCGCCACCAUCACCACGGCCUGACCCACAGCCUCAACCACAGCCUCAACCACGACUUGAACAACUGCCUAAACAUGGACGGUUCACAGGGGGAAGUAAUGAAGAUGCCUACCGACGGGUCGGUGCAAACCUGGAUGGAGGACGUGACCAGUCUCCGUCUGCACAGGUGCCGGGGAGCUGGCCAACAGUCCCUGUUCCUGGGCGGAGCUCAGUCCAGUCCAACGUCACUGCCCGAGAAGAUUCUGACCCCCAUUUCGAUCCCAAUCUCGACCAAAACGACCCUUCCGAUUCGAACCGCAAUCACGGACAAGAUCGCCAACCCAGUCAGGCUGCUGGCCAUGGAACGGAUCAUGGCUCCAACCUGAAUGUCAACCAAGGGCAAGAUUGUGUGUCCGUAUCGGAAACUGGGCACAAACAGGUUGGUAACUCGGAAGUGCAUACGGGCCGUCAAGAGAAUUGCCCUUCCAACCCAGACGUUGUUCUUGAACAGGUGUACCCUUCCACCAAUCGUGAACCAGGUCACCUUUCCAUAUCAGAAACCGGCUGUUCGCAGGACGCUCCGUCGAAACCACAUACUAGUCGUCAGCAGGACGACGAGGAUACUCUGGCUGUCGACUCUUCCUCAAGGUCUCCCACCCACAAGGUCUCGUCGACCCCACACCAGGUCCCGCCUUCUUCGCCCAGAGUCUCUUCUUUACCCAAACAAACAGCAGAUAUGAGUUCUACGAGUACACCACCGACGGCUCAACGCGGCCAGACAUCAUCGAUGGAGGAGAAGAACGAACAAAGCAUAGCGCAAAACAUCUCAACCCUCUCACCCGAGCAUACUGAGGAUGUCAUCUUUGCAAGCAGUUCCACUGUUGUUCAACGCGAUUUGACAUCAUCGGCGAGGGAGAUCGGGUUAAAUUCGCUUCCUCCGUCUGGUCUCGAGAAUCAACAAGAUGUGUCAAGCUCUCUGUUGCCUUCUCUACAACUCAACACGCCCAUCAAUGCCGCAGACCUUCCGGAGCGUGCUGUACGUUUCGAAUCAAAUCAGACUGAGUCGAGGACCCGCCGCGACAUGUCUGGAACUCAUCCCGAUUUUCCUCGAGUUUCGAAACCGGCGACCGUUGCCCAGACGCGUGUACUGCCAUCUUCUGACGCAAGUCAAGCAGAAGUACAUGCAUCCCCAUUACCAUCUUCUGAGUCUGUCAACAACUCUCUGCUCCCCCCUAAGAGUAUAGUCCAGACAAUCGAGCGGUCUGUGAUGCCUUCUUCGAGCCGAGGUGAGAAGGCAGUUCCAGUCCCUGCCGUUCACGAAGAUACCGUUAUGAGUAUGCACGAUAGUCCAGGCGCCACCAUGAGUGUCAACCCAGUUCCAGCGCCUGGUGUAGACAUUAGGGAGGGAGAGCUCUCCAUAGAGUCGAUCAUCAGGAUGACUAUGGGGCUCGACCUUGGCGACCACUUUUAG